AGAAGUUUAGCCAAGCCCACCAGCAGCUAUCUUUACUGGAUACAUGUCUUCAGUCUGGGAUGAAUAUUCAUGAUGAAGCCCGUCUGGUUUCCAAUGGAGACCAUAAACACACUGGGAAAACCCGGGUCUCUCGGUGUUUUGUUUCAGCUGCACAAGCAGAACAAAAGCUCCCGUAGUGCAGAAAAACUCCCUGUAGUACUACUUACAAUAAGAGGCUCAUGUUACAAGUCCAUUGGGCAUUCUGGGGACUCCUGAAGCAAUGUGGGAGUUGGGAAGCACACAGCAGUGUGGCUUCUGUUGUUUUAAAGCUUACCACAGUCAUCUGACAACCCAAGCCCAUUAACAACCUCGUUGCCUUUUUAAAAAUAUUAUGGUUGCACUGAAUCUUGCCUCUGUGCAGUGUACAAAUCCAGCUGCCUAGCAAAAUAUUGGACAAUCCAACAAAACAUUUGGACAUCCAUUGCUUCAGAAGUCCCCCAAAUGGCACAGCAAACCACAAAAAUUCUUCAUGCAUUUGUCAGAGAUGUUGCCUGUCAAACCUCCAGGCAUGCUGUGUAGUUUCUAUGUGUUCUGCUUAUUCAAUCAAACAACUAAGAGAAAAGUGUGAAUGUUUAGGAUCUUUGCUAUCAGCCUGUCCUAGUGACCCAGUUUGCAGGGCAGAGAGGAUGGGGAGCAGAACAAAUGGACUCAGGAGAAGUACAUCGGCAGGGUACCGGAUGCCAGCUACCAGCCCGGUGGGCGAUUUAGCCUCAUCCUCAUCUCCUUCACUUAGCAGCAGCCGGUCUGGAAGGACCCCACCUACCACACAGAGUUUGGUGAAACCCUCAAGCAAAAACCAGGGAGAAGAGCAGAAAGCCCUGAAGGGGGAUCAGGUCCAACAGGACAAAGUCUGGAGAGAGUUUGUGGAGGCUGAGAGAAGGGCAAACAGAUAUUGGUACCAGAACUGGAGUUUCCUGAAGGACUAUGAUCCAAUGGGAAAGAAAAAAGAACAUGAAGAACUCCCUGAGUAUGUGUCAGUAUUCUCAGACAAAAUUCCCAACACCAGCAGUCGCAUCAUUGGCAGCAGAAUGAAUACUGACCUUGGCAAAACACUGGUAACAAUGGAUUAUUUCCUCAACUAUGGAAGGAGAAAAAAUAAACUUGAACAGGAACUCCAGCCUGCCUAGAAUUAAACAGAAAAUGCCUAGCUUCAAAGAGAAAAUCUUACUCUAAUGCUUUCUGGAGCAAGGUUCAUACUAAAUAAACAAGCAAAUCCCCAAACAAAACGAAAACUGAUGAAAGUUUGAACAAUGGGUCAAAUUCUAUCCAAAUAGGACAUCAAUGAAUUUAAAGUUGACACCAAAGGCUGCUGCUGAAAUCCUGUGGACAGUGGCAGCUGGUCAGUAAGGGCAGGAGGGGCUGUGCGCCCCCAAACAAAAGCAAACAAGCUAGUAAAAGAUCAGACCUACCAGCAGCCAGGGAAAUCUUCAGAGCACGGAGCUUCCUCCAGCCCCUCCUCCCCUGCCUGUAACUUCUUAUAUUU